CUUUUUGGUAUCUGUUCUCAGUUGAGUAAGACGUCCUCGGACACAAUGGUGUUAAGGAGUUGUUGGAAAUCGCGACAUAAAAACAGCCGCGGACCUGCGCCUCACUGGAUUCGACUGGGGCUGGCCGCCUCGUUCUGGCUGUGCGCGACCCAGUUAGCUUGCGGUGCUGGCGCGGUGGGGGACACCAAGUAUAUCCAAAAAGAUGCCGAGUUCGACAUGACCUACAAUGACACGGUUACCAGUGAAAACCAGACCAUCUAUGCUUUCAACCACACCGUCUCCAGGAAUAAGACUGAGGGUGUGCGUGUGUCCGUGGAUGUCAUGCAGCAGAAACUGGAGAGUCCUAUCCUGUUUGUUAUACGGCAGAAGCAAGCCGUGAUGUCUUUUCAAGUCCCUCUCAUUCUCAGAGGCCUCUACCAGAGAAAGUAUCCUUACAAACAUGUAGGGAGGACAUUGUGCCAACCUCCUACCCGAGGAGCCUCUGAGACCCAGUACUUCUUUGUCGACGUGUCUACCCUAUCCAGCCAGGGUACAAACUACCAGCUGAGAGUGAGCCGUGUCGAAAGUUUCACCCUGCAGACAAACACAAAGUUCACCUUCACAGCAUCACCUUCCCAACCACAGUACUUUAAGUACGUCUUUCCAGACGGAGUUGAUACUGUGAUUGUCAAAGUCAACUCCGACAUGACCUUCCCCUGUUCCGUGAUGUCAGUGCAGGACAUCCAGUGCCCCGUCUAUGAUCUUGACAACAAUGUGGCCUUCAUUGGGAUGUACCAGACGAUGACAAGAAAAGGUGCCAUCACUGUGCAGAGAAAGGACUUUCCCAGCAACAGUUUCUAUGUGGUGCUGGUGGUAAAAACAGAGGACGAGGCGUGUGGCGGGCCGCUGCUUUACUACCCUCUGCGACCCGAUGAGCUGAUUAACGCUGGCAACCGCACCAAGGUCCUCGACGUGAUAGUGUCUCCUGCCAUCAACUCUGAAAAGUAUGUGAUGGGCAUGCUGUUCUGCCUGGGUAUCUUCCUCUCGUUCUACCUGCUCACCCUGCUGGUCGCCUGCGUGGAAAACAGGCGAAUGAAUAAGAGGAGGGAGCUGUUUCUGAAUGCCCCCGACAUGUCGCCCGCUGAGACAGCCUCUCUUCUUGGGAAGAACGGAGAUGGUAAGACUCCAGCCUCGCCGUACGAGUACGGCUCUUUCGCCGACAACGGCAGCACGCUGAGUUCAGAGGCCGUGACGGACAGCGCCGCGUCCACCGACAUCAACUACGGAUACAUGGGACACGAGCCUUUCAAACGUCGGCCAAUCCUCAAUCACCUUCACCACAUAGCCAUCCGCAUCGAGCGCUCAUUGGACAGCAUUGCGCGAAGCCGACAGGAGUCUCUGAGCUCUGUGGAGGAGGACGACUACGACACGUUGGACGACGUCGACUCAGACAAAAACAUAGUCCGAACCAAAAAGUACCUGUGUGUCUCCGAUCUCGCUCGGAAAGACAAGAGAAUCCUCAGCAAGAAAUACCAAAUCUACUUCUGGAACAUUGCCACUAUUGCUGUGUUCUACGCGCUGCCGGUCAUCCAGCUGGUCAUCACCUAUCAGACGGUUGUCAACGUCACAGGAAAUCAGGACAUCUGCUACUACAACUUCCUGUGUGCCCACCCCCUCGGAGCCCUGAGUGCAUUCAACAACAUCCUCAGUAACCUUGGUUACGUGAUGCUGGGGCUCCUCUUCCUCCUCAUCGUCCUCAGGAGGGACAUCGUUCACAAUCGAGCUCUGGUCCGAAACAGCCUCAACGCGCUGGAGUGCGGUAUCCCAAAGCACUUUGGCUUGUUUUACGCCAUGGGCACUGCUCUGAUGAUGGAGGGCCUGCUCAGCGCCUGUUACCACGUCUGUCCCAACUACACAAACUUUCAGUUUGACACCUCAUUCAUGUACAUGAUCGCUGGUCUGUGCAUGCUGAAGUUAUACCAGAAGAGACACCCAGACAUCAACGCCAGUGCCUACACGGCCUACGCCUGCCUGGCCGCUGUCAUCUUCUUUUCUGUGCUGGGAGUGGUGUUUGGGAGAGGAAACAUGGUGUUCUGGAUCGUGUUCUCAGUGAUCCACAUCCUGGCUACGCUCCUCCUCAGCACGCAGCUCUACUACAUGGGCCGAUGGAGGCUCGAUUCUGGUGUCAUGCGCAGGAUUGUGUACGUCAUCUACACUGACUGCAUCAGACAGUGCAGCGGACCCAUGUACAUUGUGAGUAAAGUUGGUUCCCACAAGUUUCAGGACCGUAUGGUUCUGCUCGUGAUGGGGAAUAUCGUCAACUGGUCCCUAGCCGCCUACGGCCUCAUCGAGAGGCCCAACGAUUUCGCCUCCUACCUGCUGGCCAUCGCCAUCUGCAACCUGCUACUCUACUUCGCCUUUUAUAUCAUUAUGAAGUUGCGGAGCGGUGAGAGGAUCAAGUGUCUGCCGUUGGUGUGCAUCCUCUUCACAGCAGUGGUCUGGGGCUUUGCGUUGUAUUUCUUCUUCCAGGGCCUCAGCACCUGGCAGAAAACCCCAGCAGAGUCCCGUGAGCACAACAGGGAGUGCAUUUUGUUGUCGUUCUUUGACGACCACGACAUUUGGCACUUCCUCUCCUCCAUUGCCAUGUUCGGAUCUUUCCUGGUCCUUCUAACCAUGGACGACGACCUCGACACCGUUCAAAGAGACAAGAUCUACGUCUUCUAG